CGAGCGGACGAACGGACGGACGGACGGACGGACGCUCGCUCGCUCGCUCGCUGAGGCGGCUGGUUCCGGACCCACCCCGGCGGCCUCCAUCUCCUCGUCCUCCUGCUCCUCGCGGGCCUCAGGUUCAAAACCAUCUUUUUCUGGAGCGGAUGCCCCCGCCGAGUUUCAGGAGGAGCCGAGAAGCGCCGACUCGCAGAAUUUUGUAGAACAAAGCGAAACCGAACGGAGGGGACCCGGUGGAAGUAUUUCUUGCUUGUUGGAGAAGGAAGGGAGCUCCAUGGAUCAAAACAACAGCCUGCCCCCCUACGCUCAGGGCUUGGCCUCCCCACAGGGCGCCAUGACGCCGGGAAUCCCCAUCUUCAGCCCCAUGAUGCCCUACGGCACCGGGCUGACGCCACAGCCGGUCCAGAGCUCCAACAGUUUGUCUCUGCUGGAGGAGCAGCAGCGGCAGCAGCAGCAGCAGCAGCAGCAACAACAGCAGCAGCAACAGCAGGCGGCCACCGCUCAGCAGGCCCCCGCAGGGGCCUCCGGCCAAACCCCGCAGCUCUUCCACUCACAGACUCUUACGACCGCCCCCUUGCCCGGCACCACCCCCCUGUACCCGUCCCCGAUGACCCCGAUGACGCCCAUCACGCCCGCCACGCCUGCGUCCGAGAGCUCGGGAAUUGUGCCUCAGCUGCAGAAUAUCGUGUCCACGGUCAACCUCGGCUGCAAACUCGACCUGAAAACCAUCGCUCUCCGGGCUCGCAAUGCUGAGUACAACCCCAAGCGUUUCGCUGCCGUCAUCAUGAGGAUAAGAGAGCCCCGCACGACAGCACUGAUCUUCAGCUCGGGAAAGAUGGUGUGCACGGGGGCCAAGAGUGAGGAGCAGUCCAGGCUGGCAGCCAGGAAGUAUGCCAGAGUAGUGCAGAAGCUGGGCUUCCCAGCCAAGUUCUUGGAUUUUAAGAUUCAGAACAUGGUGGGCAGCUGCGACGUGAAGUUUCCCAUCCGGCUCGAGGGCCUGGUGCUGACCCACCAGCAGUUCAGCAGUUACGAGCCGGAGCUAUUUCCAGGUUUGAUCUAUAGGAUGAUCAAACCCAGAAUCGUCCUCCUGAUUUUUGUUUCUGGAAAAGUUGUUUUAACGGGUGCCAAGGUCAGAGCAGAAAUCUACGAGGCAUUCGAAAACAUCUACCCCAUUCUCAAAGGCUUCAGGAAGACGACGUAACGGCUUCCCCCCGCCGCCCCGCUCACCUCUGUUCACACGUUGUUUUUGGUACACUGUAAAAUGGUAUUAUCUGGGGGCGCCGGCGGGACCGGAGACAGAGACUCUGGGCGAAGCUGAGCCCCUUUCCCGGAACGCCAGGGGCCGUGCCAUAUUUCCACCGGAACCUCCUUCCGGGCGGUGAGUUGCUUUCAGAGGACUGCUCGGUGCAGUGUUGACUUUAUUUAUAUUGGGUAUUUACAGGCCCUCCCACCCCCUUCCCUGACCCAGGGGGGCUUCAGUGUUCACCAUUCCAGCAGGGACCUCGGAGCGACCAAGCUGCCAGGCCGGGCGGGGGCACGGCCCCGGGCACGGCCCCAUCUGCGUGCAGCGGUUGGUCCCACGGGCCCUUGGCGCCUUCUGUUUAAUAAACGAAUGCUUUUUAAA